AUGGCGGACGACGACAACGACUCGAGCGAUGACGACGACCUGUUCGGCGCCCCCAAGGAGCUGGACGUCGCGUGGAGCGACGACGACGACGCCAAGGUGAGGAAAUUCACUACACCUCUGAAACUCGACGGUAUCGGGUCGGAUUCGAGCGAUGCGAGCGAUAAAGAGGCGGAUGACGACGACGACGACGUCAACGCGUACGAUGACGUGCAGCGUCCGAGCGAACUGUCGUCCGGGAGGGACGGACGAGGCGGGAAACGCGCGUCUGCGUCUGCGUCAACGCAGAGUCCAGUGAAUAAGCGAUCGAUAACGGUGGAUGUACCGUCGAGCGUGAAGGAGGGAGAGACGAGUGCGGCGGCGCGGGCGCAAGCGCUUUUGAGUGGGUUCGAUGAAUUGGCGAGACCGGCGGUGCCGGCGUACGUGCCGGCGGAACGCGUCGCAGAGGUUGUGGAAGACGACGGGAGCGACGAGGAAGACAUACGCGAGGUCAGCGACGUCGAGGGCGACGAGGUGGAGGACGAUUUCUGCCAAGGUGAUGUUGGCGAAGAUUUGAUGAAACUGGUCUUUCAGCUCCCCACGGGGGAGAAGUUUGAUCGCUACGUGGGCCGACGAUGGACGUUUGAGCGCAUCAUCAAGGCGUGGCGAAAGAGCGCGGAUUGGGAGCUAGUGACCUUGGCCCUCGGCGACGCCACCGGUCUACGCGUCAUUUGCGAUGGAGACGUCGUUCGUGGCGGUGAUACGCCGCUGGACUUCGAUCUCGAUGACGGCGACACGUUGGACCUGAUGAAACCCGGGAAGGCGUGA